AUGCGAGUGAUCUUCAUCGUCAUCAUCAUUAUUCUUCAUGUUGAACUUUGCAAAUGCAAAAACAAUACUGAAGAAACGAUUGACUAUUAUAAUAAACUUCUCAUUGGUGAUACAAGUAAAUUAUCUGAAUUGAAUAUGUUCUUGACCGCAAUGCCGAAAGGUGGUGACUUACAUCAUCAUUACUCCGGUUCGAUUUAUGUUGAAACUUAUCUGAAUUGGAUUUCGAAACAUAAUUUUUGUGUUUAUUAUGAAAAUAAUCAAAUAUUGAACAUCGAAAAAUAUCGGCUCGAAACGAAACUUGAGGGUUUAUCGGAAGAAGCCAAAAAAGUCUGUCUCACUGCUGAUGAAACACGCGAAAACACGAACUUUUAUCGGCAAUUAUUAAAACAUUGGUCUGAUAUGGAUUAUUCCAAUCAUUAUCACGAACAAACCCCACCAAGUCAACAGUUUUUCGAUACAUUUUCUUAUUUUGGUCCGAUAUCUUAUCAAGAAUACAACGAAGGAUUAAAUUGGAUAAAAAACACAGCGAUCAACGAAAAUGUUCAAUAUAUUGAGACAAUGUUAACAAGUUCUCCAAAUCUCGUUGUUUCCGAUUAUCUAAAUACUCUCAUCGAUAAUUUAACAUCGAUUUCAUCGGAUGAACAUAUCGACGAGGUUCUAAAAAUUUAUUUUGAUACAAUUCGAAACAACAUAACAAUAAAUACAACGAUAAAUAAUCAUGUUGAAAUGAUUGAAAUGGUAUCCAAAGGAAUCAACGAUCAGAAUUUCACAAUACGUUUCCAGAGUUAUGUCUCACGAAAUAGUAAACCUUCUCGUGUAUUCGCUAGUUUAGUUUCUUCGUUUUGUGCUGCAACACGAAGUGAUUUCAUCGUUGGUGUGAAUAUCGUUGGUCCAGAACAUGGAUUUAUCGCUUUAAGAGAUUAUUCCUUACAUAUGAAAAUGUUUCGAUUUUUAAAGAAACAUUUUCCUUAUGUGAAACUUUCAAUGCAUGCGGGCGAAUUAGUUUUAGGUUUAGUUCCACCUGAGCAAUUGCAAUUUCAUAUACGUGAAGCAAUUGAAAUCGCCGGAGCAAACCGAAUUGGACACGGAAUCGAUAUAUUCUAUGAAAAACAUUCGUAUGAACUUUUACAAAAAAUGAAGCAGAAUCAAAUCGCCGUAGAAGUUGUUGUUAGUAGUAAUGCUUUCAUUUUAGGAAUACAAAAUCAAGCACAUCCCAUGUUAGUCUAUAAAGCACAUCAAGUUCCGUUAGUUAUCGCCACGGAUGAUCCAGGUGUUUCGAGAUCAAGUAUGACAAAUGAAUAUUUGCUAUUUUGUGAUCGAUAUAAACCGAGUUAUGCGGAAUUAAAAACGUUUGUGUAUGAUAGUAUUCGAUAUUCGUUUUUGAACGAUCAAGACAAAGAAAGACAAUUGAAAAGCUUAGAUCAGAGAUUUGAGGUUUUUGAACAAAUCAUUGCAGAUGUCAAGAAAGUCUUGGGUGAUCCUGGUGUUUUGCCAACAGUUUCUUCAUCGAAUUUAAAUUUCAUCUCGUUAUUUCUUUUUUGUGGAAUUCAAUUUUUAAUAAAUACCUUCCUUCUCAGUUAG